CUGAGCUGCGCCAAAAAUCUAGUUUACUGUAAACCGCGACUAACUAAUAAUAAUCCGAAUCACGUCGCAACAGGUUGCGCACGAGAUUGCAGGUGCUGUCGUUAUCAGGUGCUAACAGCGAUCAGGCGACACGCCGAGCGCGCACGUUGUUGUUGCACUGACGUCCCAGUGUGGAGCAUCUCUCUUUUUCCUUUUGUCGUUUUGAAUACGGCAGACGCCGAUCCCUCGCUUCGUGCUGGCAGCCGGCCGCCCGUCAAGUCCGCCGGGGAGCGACUGCCCCCGAGGUCGACCCUUGGGAUCGCCACCGCUGGGCGUUUUGGAACGCCGGGAGAAGUGGGAUUCGCUGCGCGCGGCCUAAAAGCCAA